CGAGGGCGGGACGACGCGGAACCAGCGGAGCUGCAGGUGGAGGCGCGUGGCAGAGGUGUGCAAGAGUGGGAGCUGCAGGAUGGCAAAACCUAAGAGGAAAGGUCUCGAAGGGACGGGAAAGGAGAGUAAAAAGCAGAAGAUGACACUGGCAGGGGAGACGCCGAGGGCAUCUGAAGCCAGGCCAGGCAAGGAGGCGGCUAACACCGUGGAGGCCAGCCCUGAGUUUUCCCCAGAGGAGAAGAGGGUCUUGGAAAGGAAACUGAAGAAGGAACGGAAGAAGGAAGAGAAGAAGCGGCUGCGGGAGGCGGGCAUUGCCGCAGCACAGACUGCCAAGGUGCCGACCCUGCCAGCCAAGCCCUCCGCUGCCACCCUGGCCCUGGAGUACCUCCAAGGGUGGGCUCAGAAACAGGAGAGCUGGAGAUUCCAGAAGACAAGGCAGACGUGGCUCUUGCUACACAUGUACGAUGAGGACAAGGUUCCUGAUGACCACUUUGCUACCCUGCUGGACUACCUGGAGGGGCUGAAGGGCAGCGCCCGAGAGCUGACAGUCCAGAAGGCCGAGGCCCUGAUGCAGAAGCUGGAUGAGACUGACCCUGAGGCCGGAGCCGGGUCUCUGGGGAAGAUGCAGCGUCUCCGGCAGGUGCUGCAGCUGCUCUCCUAGUGGGGAGAGGUGGCCUUGGGCCCUGAGGACACGCUGGCCACCUCCUCCCAGAGCCGUGGGAACAGUCAGGGUCACCAGCAGGUCAUCUGGCUUGAGGACUUCCUUCCAAGGUCCUGAGAAGAACUCUUCAUCCCCCUCCCUAUAAGCCGUAACAGUUUCUGGUGCCUUGGGAGUUGAACAGGGUCUCCCUGAAACAGUUCCAAGGUGCCGCUCCCACACGAGUUGCCCUAAAAUGGCUGUGAACAGAGUCUACUUUUUCUGUCAAGGAUAUCUUAGACACUGGCCCAAGCUGGCUUUCCCAUCAGCUGGGAUUCCCUGCUGUGUGUGUGUGUGUGUGUGUGUGUGUGUAUUUGGGGGGGGAUCCUACAUAUUUGAUCUGGGGGCCACUGCAGUGCAGCCUGAAUGCAACUCACCUGUGUGUAGGGAAACCCUAUCAAGGACUUGUAUUGCGGCCCCUGGGCCGUGUGGCUGCCCACAAGCUGCUAGAAGCACCUGCCCCGUGAUCCCCAUGCUGUUCCUCGUGUCAGCAGCCAGGCCCAGUUCCUUGUCAUUGCACCUCUCAGUAUUGGGAACAGAAGGACUAAGCGUUUGUGUCUGGACCUAUGUCACCAUCAGAACACAUGUCCCACUCCCUUUGGGUGACUUUUCCCUCAGACCAUAAAAAAUCACCCAUAGUUCCCACACAGGGAGGGCGCUGCCAGGCUAGAGAGGAUUUGGCGUGAGGCUAGCUCAGUGAGCGGUGAGGUCAUUGCAGAUGGGAGCCAUGCAGGGCCCACCCUCUGCCCCCACUGCUCUCCAGCCCACAGCCCCUUUGCAGCAGAGUCACUUUUAUACACCCAGAUAUAGAGGACUAUAAAAGAGGUUUACAGAUAAAUAUAUACUGUAUCCCAAGAAAUUUAUUUUAAAACUAUUCUGAAUACAAAUAAUUUUCCAUUUAUUAAAGAUAAAGGCAGGUUUGCAUAUUCA